AUGGGCGCCGCGCCGGCCCCGGUACCGGAGGCCAGCCCAGCAAAGCCCAUGCGCGCGCCGAACCCGGCGCUGCUCUUUGAUGUCCUGCAAGAGGAUGACGAUUCGAUGCGGCAGCAGAAACUCCAUCGUGCCUCGAUCGACAUCGCCCCCGGCGCCCCCGCCUGGCGCUCACGCCGCGAGGCGUCCGCCGCAGCCGCGUUCGGCGCCGCGGCGUCGGCGGACGGGACCACGCCCCGCAGCCCCGGGCCGGACGCUGCCGCGAGUGCGGCUGCCAGCAGCGUGAGCGGGGUGGUGAGUGGCGAUGUGGCGUUCCCCGAGACGGCGCUGAUGGCUCUGGAGGCGCAGCAGCGGCAGCAGGAGCAGGAGCACCAGCAGCACGAGGGUGUGAAUGGCACCCAACCUCACCACCAGCAGAAACAGCAGCAGCAGCAGGAGCCGCAGCAGCCACCGGUCGGCGGCGGCGGCGGCGCGGCCCCCCCCGCCCUGCGCCGAGUCGACAGCGCAGAGAGCAGCAUCGGCGCCGCCACCCCGACCUCCGCCGCCGCGGCCGACGCCGCUGCGGGGGCGGGGGCAGGCGAGGCGGAGGCCGCCGGCGUCAUCGGCGGCGCCCCCCAGUUCGGGAUGACGCCCGCUGAGGUGCUGCAGGAGCUGCUGGGGCCGCUGUACGUAGAUGCAACACGGCUGACGAUGGGCGACCUGCUCGGCCAAGGCGGUUUUGCAGAGGUCCACCGCGCAACGCUCACAGAUCCCGCCCUGCCCGGCUUUGAGGAGCCCGUCGCAGUUAAGACGCUGCGGCCGGACGUGCUGAGGAGCCCCCAGGAGCUGCGGGAGUUCCUGGCAGAGGCAAACCUGCUGAGAAAGAUGAUGCACCCGUGA